AUGAAAUUGAAGUUACUCGUGAUCUUUUUUCGACAAACACUAAAUGAACAAACAUCAGAACCAGAAAAUUAUCUUUUAGUACAACAAAUUAAUGAUUUGGAACGUGAUUCAAUUGAAAAAAUUCGACAAACAGCAGAUGAAGUAAGAAAAUUAUUACUACACUACACAGCUAAACAUAUUCCUGACAUAGAAAUUGAGUUGAAUAAAUUCACUGAUCAAUUGAGACAAAGUCGUCAUGAAAAUGAUUUGGUUGAAACAGAUUUAUAUCGAUGGAAAAAUCAACUUAUUCAACUAAGUGAUGAACUCAACAAACCAUCAAAUAUUACAAUUCGACAAGAUUCAAAAUCACUUGUGAACAGAAUUUAUGUUGAUAUAUCAACUAUAACAUCAUGCAUGAUGAAAACUAAUGGUAACACAAGAUGGUUACAAAAUGGUAUCACUGUUGCUGGAGGUACCCAAAGAGUGAAUAGGUUAAAUCAACUUUAUUAUCCAUGGGGCAUAUGUAUUCACGACGAUGAACACACAAUGUAUAUCGCUGAUACUUUUAAUCAUCGCAUUAUAGAAUGGAAGUAUGGAGCAACAAAUGGACAAGUCGUGGCGGGUGGAAAUGGAGCUGGAAAUCGAAUGGAUCAGUUGAAUGUACCAACAGAUGUGAUUAUCGAUAAAGAGAAUGAUUGUCUUAUUAUCUGCGACCAAGGAAAUAGUAGAGUGCAUGAAGUUAGACGAUGGAGAAUAGGAGAUAGUUAUGGAAUAGUAGUAGCAGGUGGUCAUGGACAAGGUCAUCGUCUCGAUCAACUCAAUAGUCCUUGUUAUAUCUUUGUCGAUCAAGAUUAUUCAGUGUAUACAUCAGAUGAGAAGAAUCAUCGUGUGAUGAAAUGGAUAAAAGGUGCAACAGAAGGAAUUAUCGUUGUUGGUAGUCAAGGUCAAGGAAAUGGUCUAGCUCAAUUGUCUUGUCCCCGUGGAGUAAUUGUUGAUCAGUUAGGUACUGUCUAUGUGGCAGAUUGUGACAACAAUCGAGUAAUGUGCUGGUCAAAAGAGGCUAAACAAGGUACUAUAGUUGUUGGUGGAAAUAAUGAAGGAAAGCAAUCGAACCAACUCUAUUAUCCUCAAGAUUUAUCAUUUGAUCGACAAUACAAUCUCUAUGUUGUUGAUUAUGGCAACGAUCGAAUGCAACGAUUCAAUAUUGAUUCAAGUUCUAGUUAG